UGCUUACAGUAUGAUUUUGUUUUGUUUUGUUUUCAACUUGUUUACAGAAUCUCAAAUUCAAAUUACAAAUUCUAAGGCACAAGUUUGCACCAAAAAAAGAGAGAAAGUUUUAUUGCACAAGCUGUUUGCAGCUCCAGCCACUAUGUGUGUUUGUUAUCUACAUAAGCAGCUUUUAACAAUUUGGGAACGUUUCCAAGAAGGCAAGUGUAUUUAAAGGCUCAUCCAAAAGAGUCAUGUUAGUUACAUCUUUCAAAUACAGUAGGUAGGAUUUUUGGCCCAAGGUUUAGGCCCAACAAUAUAUCAGCGCUAAAUAUUUUUUAAAAGAGUUACAUGCCUUUUGUUUUCAUGCCAUGUGUAUUGUUUAGACGGUCUUAGAAUGUUUGCUUGUUAUACAGGCUGGAUGAAGGCCUUUAGAGGCACUAAGCACUGAAAAUGUUAUGGUGCCACCACCAUGUAAUUCAAAAUAAAAACAAUCCUAAACCAUAACAUUAAAUUUUAUUUUUCAAAAUAGUUAGAUUAUACAUUUUUAUCUGCCUUAACACACCAGUGGGAAGUUCAAUAACAUAUUUAGGCUCUGAGCUAAGGUUAGUCAGGACUUACACUGUAAACCUAUGAGUGCCCAGAAUGUUUCCUGAUGGGCCGCCAGAAACCAAAUGGCUGGUUGUACUCAGGUGACAAGUAAAUGGAAGUAGGCUGUGGUAGCCUUAGAAGCCACUCACUGAAACAUCACACGUGAUAAACCUGUUAUGCGCUAACAAGCUUCCACAGCAGCAGUGGCUGCAGCUAUAACAAGUUGUUUUUACAUUUUGGAUUUGAUUGUGACAAUAGCAUGGGAACUGGCAGUGCAGGGGAUCUUGCAUGCAUAAGCAGCACUUAUUUCACAAUAAACUCCCAUCUGGAAGCAUUCGUACACGGUUGCUGUCCUGACUGAAUUCUGGUCUUAGGUAAGCAUAUGCCAGGGGUGAAACUAGGCUAUUGCCAUAUUUCAAAAGGUGAAAAUCCGGACACAAAAGUUGUUGAGCUCUUUUGUGAGGGGGUUGGCAUAUGCAUAGGAUUGCAGCUGGUUCAAUAUGCCAAUAUGCUGGGACUUAAGCCACAUAGUUACAGUACUAUGCUAGCUGAAUAGCCACUAUUACCAAUGCAUUUUCAAUAGGGGAGGGAAAACACACACAAGCUGAACCUGCAAAAAUGGCAGGUGUCUUGCCACCCUGCCUCACCAGGUGACACCACAGCACUUCCAAGACUCACAGCCAGCAGCAAACCUUACAAGCUCUCAAACGGAGGUUUGAACCCCCUUAUGUGCCUCACGCAGUCCUUACAGAGCCAGCCUAUUUUUAGUCUGUCUCUUCUCUUGUUCCCUAUUGCUAUGUUUAUGGGUUGGUUUUGUAUUGCAUUUAUAUAGCCUGUGAAUCGUUCGUCAGACUUUUGAUCACCGCCUUGGAACCUUUUGAUGAAAGGCAUUCAAGAAAAUAAACGUCUAGCACGGUCUUGUUUCGAAAUGAGGGUCACGCUCGUUCUCUCUACCAUCAAAGCCAUGGGGCAGAGGACAGCACUGCAGGUUAAAAAGACCAUCGGCUGCUGGAAUUAGAAGAGAUGUUUAAAAUUUCGGACGUAUCCAGUUCAGUAACAGUAAGGCACCAGUCGCAAAUGGUUCCGUAUAUGCGAAGCUCUUCAAAUUUCAGGGCGUGCGGCUUGCACCGCUUUGGACUUCCUGCAUCUUUUGUUUUUCUUGGCAUAAAGCGGUUCAGUGCACAGGGACUGGGUGGGCGGGUGUUGCCUGAUCUGCGCUGACAGAAACGUGAGCGGAUUGCUUUACACACCCACCCAAACUCCCCGCGUGCGCGUUAAAACUAUGCUUCGCCGUCCACAGUGGGAGCGGGAACUUCUGGGCGGCGUCCCCACCAUCCUUGAUUUCAUCUGGGAACCCGCUUAUCGACACGUUUGCAUCUGUUCAGAUGUGCAAACUCGAAGGAGAGGGGAAAAGCCCGCUCCCCUCUCCAUCACUCGGAGAGAGCCGGACGAGCAGCAGCGAGCUUUGAGAGGAGGCGGGUCCUUUUGGCGCUGCGCUACAGGAUUCUCAGCUCCCUGGAGUGAACUAUGUCAACUGGCUGAAGCGGAGGCACAACUUGGACCGGAACUCGGGAGGUUGAGCGUCGGAGCGCGAGAGGGAGGAACGCGCCACCGACUCUCAGCCAAUGGGAGGCCGCCGAGACGGAUUCAAACGCCGCGGCUUGGCCAAUGGCGGCGGUUGGCGCCUCGCCUUUCGCGCCUCCCAGCGGGACCCGGGGGAGGGAUUUGGAACGUCGCCCGCUAUCGCUCCCGUAACCGUCGCUUGAGGCGGUUGGCUCUUGCUGCCGUUGAGUUCGCCCCCUUCCUUCGCCCGCUUGCCCAGGCUUCGCGUUGCUCGGCCGAGACCUCCGUACCAGACGACGCGGCGGGGGCGCAGCGAACAGGUGAGGACGCGUUGUUUGCGGGCCCGGACACACCCCUUCGGCGCCUGUCCUGCGAGGGAGGGUACCGGGCGGUCGCCGCCUCCUUCUGCUCCCACCCACCCUCCUUCCUUCUCUCCCUCCGCCUCCAUUUUCUGAGGCCUGGGUGCCGUCAGGCUGCAGCCUGUGCCUCCCACAGCCGUCGCUCCGCGUCCCCCCUUCGGCCUUUCGCCAGGCUCUUUUGUUUCGAGAGCCGCGCGUCGCCUCUCUUUACUCCCCCCUCAGUCCCACCCGCGAGGGGCCGCUAAGUUUCUCUCGUGGGCCGUUUGGGGCGCCGCAGAGGCUGCGCGAGCGAGUUCAUAGAAUCAUAGAAUCAUAGAGUUGGAAGAGACCACAAGGGCCAUCGAGUCCAACCCCCUGCCAAGCAGGAAACACCAUCAGUUGUCCUCCCCUCUUUGCGGAAAGCGGAUCCCGCCCCUGAGAGCCGCGGAGCGAAAAGGUCGGAGAGCAUCGCAGGCACCUCGCGACACGCAGGAGGGGUCUGGAAGUGAUGGCAGCAGCUCUUGCUAAGCAUCUUUACUAGGGGGUCAGCUCCACGGAACUUGGUGGAACUUGUUUUAGAAUAAUAUUCCCGUUAGGAUGGAAGUUCACCUUUUUAAAAUAAUAAUGUUUAUCUCCGGCUCUGACGUAUGCACUCUUCUCGUUGGUCGUUUCUGGGGAGAAGUGAAUAGAGGACACUUACUUAUUUCAUUUAUAUUCCACUUUUCCUCCAAGAAGCUCAAAAUCUUGUGCGUGAAUGUUGCGCUCCCCAUUUUAUUUUCAACCCUGGGAGGCUGAGACACAGUAGCCUAAGAUCACCCAGUGAGCUUUAUGGAUAAUUGUGAAUUUGCACUUCCGUCUGCAGUCUCCCAGGACAACUCACUCGGGCUUUUGAUUUUUAGGUCCCCUUUGAAACCACUGCAGAUGUGUGAAGUUCAUGUUAAAUGGUUGUAAAACUGCAAAUGCUGCUGGAAGGAAUCCUAAGGCUGCAGUACUAAGAUCAUUAAUUGCAUUGCUGUUGAAGCUAAUUAAGUGGUACCAUCCAAAUUUAAAACUGGCAAUACUAGAUGAUCUUUGGGGUCCCUUCCAAGACUACAAUUCUAUAAUUCUUCUUCUAAUUAGUCUUAUACAAAAACCUGUUCCGCAGACAAAUGUGUGAAAGCUUUUCAUUCAGCCAUGUGUAUGCGCUGUGUAUAUGAGGAUUUGCAAGCUGUAGUAGUAAUAACAUACUAAUAUUAGAAAUAUUUUUUAAAAUGAUACUUUCUAGUCACCUCCCAAAGGCUUGCAGAAGGAAACAUACAGCAGCUAUCUCUAAGCUUGCUGCUUUUCAAAUCACUUUGGAGUGAUGAUGUUGUUGUUGUUUAGUCGUUUAGUCGUGUCCGACUCUUCGUGACCCCAUGGACCAGAGCACGCCAGGCACUUCUGUCCUCCACUGCCUCCCGCAGUUUGAUCAAACUCAUGCUGGUAGCUUCAAGAACACCAUCCAACCAUCUCAUUCUCUGUCGUCCCCUUCUCCUUGUGCCCUCCAUCUUUCCCAACAUCAGGGUCUUUUCCAGGGGUCUUCUCUUCUCAUGAGGUGGCCAAAGUAUUGGAGCCUCAGCUUCAUGAUCUGUCCUUCCAGUGAGCACUCAGGGCUGAUUUCCUUAAGAAUGGAUACGUUUGAUCUUCUUGCAGUCCAUGGGACUCUCAAGAGUCUCCUCCAGCACCAUAAUUCAAAAGCAUCAAUUCUUUGGCGAUCAGCCUUCUUUAUGGUCCAACUCUCACUUCCAUACAUCACCACUGGGAAAACCAUAGCUUUUACUAUACGGACCUUUGUUGGCAAGGUGAUGUCUCUACUUUUUAAGAUGCUGUGGAGUGAUGUUAAUAUCCGGUUAUUCCCACAUCCAGUGAGGGUCUGCUGCCGGGGCACACUCUGAACCUACCCAAGUCUUAGCUGUAGUGAAGGAAAGCACUCAGGAGCCUAUCAUUCCAUGGGAUUGAUAUGCACUCCUUGAAGAUGUCUUACGACUCCUCCAGGGGGCUGAUGGUACAUCCCAAAGUCCCAAUAAAUACUAGCCUGCAGACAUCAACAAGUUUUUUGCUCUUUAAUUUAUUUUGAAGUGCAUAGAUUAAUUUAGUGGAGAUGUCAGACAAGUGCACCUGACAUAGUCAACAAGGAGUACUGUUGCACAAAAAUCCAGUAAAACAUGGAUAUGCUUAGUAUUUUAUGCUUACAGGGCUAAAUGUGUUAUGUGGGAGACUUGUGCCUGUUGCAUCAAUCUUCGCAAGCACACCUGCAAUUUAAGAUCUAAUUUUGCUUCAUUUGUGUCAUAAAUUGCUACACUAAAUAAGCAACCACUUGAGAAAUUUGGUAUCGUUGCAACUGUUAUUUAAAUCAGUACAGAUACUAUUUGACUUGCACUGUGUUUUUCUAGAAGUAAAAGUUCCAUUUCUUGUUCCACGUUUAUUUAUUACUUUUAUAGACCUCUUCACUGUAUAAAGCCACUGAAGUGGUAUACGCUUAAACAGAGAGGCCUCUCCCCUCUGCACCUGAAAUGCAGCUUGUUCUGUGUAUUUUUACCAGGAAGUAAGCCCCACUAAUUUCAGUGGGCUUAUAUGUAAGUACGAACAGCAGUGCAGAGUUAACAGUUGUGUGUUGAUUAAAGGGAUGGAUCCCUGUUCCAACCCUUGUUUAUGAGCUAACUUCUGACAAGAAAGCAAGUCAUUUAAUGGAUUUUCAGGUGUCACCCUGGGCCCAAAAAUAUUUUGGACCUGUCAUAACCUUUUUGAAAUGGGGGCGUUUAAUUGACAUCAGUUCACUGAACUGGAGUCCAGCUACAGUCCAAUGCUAAGUUAAGCAGUCUUAAGCCUAUUGACUGCAAUAGGCAAAGCAUAGCACAUAGUGUGAACCUCUUGUACCUGUUUUCCCAUUGUGUCUGUGUAGUUUCAUAUUUUUCCCGUGUGUGUGUUGAACUAAUAUAUUUGAACAGAUGGGAAAAUCCCAUACUCUUUUUUGCACCUGUGCAGCUUAGAACUGGAGUAAAACACUAGUACAGUGGUACCUCGGGUUACAUACGCUUCAGGUUACAUAUGCUUCAGGUUACAGACUCCGCUAACCCAGAAAUAGUACCUCAGGUUAAGAACUUUGCUUCAGGAUGAGAACAGAAAUUGUGCAGCGGCGGCGCAGUAGCAGGAGGAGGCCCCAUUAGCUAAAGUGGUGCUUCAGGUUAAGAACAGUUUCAGGUUAAGAACGGACCUCCGGAAUGAAGUACUUAACCCGAGGUACCACUGUACUGUGUAAUGGUUGCUUUUUUAAUGCCAAUUUUUCUUUUUAAAAAGGGGUGUGACUAUUAUGCAGUGGUGACAAUUACACUGUGAAAUAUGGUAAAUAUGGUAAAAACAUAGGUCUCUGAUCCUGCCCCACAUGGAGAACCGGGAGGCUUGCUGCACAAGCCCUGCCUCAGAUGCAUGCUCUACUGUCGCUAGUUACCAGACACUGGGCACAUCCAUGGGCCCCAACCGCUCACCUCUGACAAGACAUUGCCAUCACAUUUCUCCUCUGUCACUGGCUCUCAGACCAGACCUCCUCAGCUGCCGCCGCCCUCGCUCCCUGUGCGGGGCUGCCUCCCUCUGUGAGUUGAGUGCUGACUUGGCCAACAGGCAAGUCCCACAGGCAGCCCUGGGCCCGCAGGGGAACAGGAAGAGGCUGGGAAAUAGCUGCGCCAAGAGCCAUUUCAUUUACAAAAACAGGGAAAUGCUGUUGAGCAAAACAAAAUGUCCCACUGCUCAUACAUUUCUUCUGUUUAGCUCAUUCAGCACACAGGUGACUUUGUUUAACUUCAUUAGACUCAAAGCAUGACUUGACUUUUGCAACAUCUAUGCUUACAACUUCAAUUUCCUCCACUUUCCCCCCCAAGAUUGAAACAUGCCCAGGAGAAAGUUUGCUGAUGAAGAAGUGGUAAUGGGCCGGUGGCCUGGAAGUGUUCUGUAUUAUGAAGUACAAGUAACCAGCUAUGAUGACCGAACUCAUCUUUACACAGUAAAAUACAAAGAUGGAACUGAGCUUCAGCUAAAAGAAAGCGAUAUGAGGGUAAUUAGUCUCUAGAGUAAAUAAUCAUAACAAGAAGGGCUCAUUUGUUUGGUUACUAAUGAACCCUUUGGGCUACACUUCAGUCAUUAGUCCUAAAUAUUUGCUUCUGUGUAUAUUCCUGCAGUAUGAGAAUAAAACUAUGGGGUGGUAUCCAAUGCACUUGCUCCAUUAGCACAAGGACUUCCAUUUGUAUAACAGAAGGUUCAUGCUGUGCCAUCCCCAAAACUACUCCCGAAUGUUGGUGGAACCCUGAGAGCACGUUGGGAGGCGAAGUGGAAGUUCCAAUGUGCAGCCAAAAGUGCUUGCACUGAUGGAAUGAGAGCAUUGAAUACUACCCAUGGUUUGUAAAGUUGCACUAUAUAUCAAGCCAUUAUGCUCCUUUUCCUCAUUGAUUUUGUAUGUUUUAAGAUUAGCCCAUUAUAAAACGCUUUGAGGGGCAUUUUGUGCACUAUCAACAGAAUUUUCCACAUGCGGGUGUUGUACUAUGGCCAUGGAGUUUGUUGAACACUUGUAAAGUCAUUAAACAUAUUGUAAUGCAUGUACAGCCACAUUUUUAAAAAAUUGCUGGGGGCUCAGCUUUGAAAAUUUGUAGUAUAUCAGGCAUUUAGGAAACUGAAGAAAUUCGUAUCCUUUAUGUCCUAUGUCCAAGUAGAUUCAGUAAUAACUGCUCUGGUUGUAUCAGUUCACAUCUGACACACAAUGUUUUGGGUUGCUGAAUUUCUUAAAAAUGCAUAUAUCUCCCACAUCCUGAUCCCACAUCUAAUCAGCAUGUGUGCAGAAUAUUUUAAAGUCCAAAAUGAACUGCUUUGGUAUUUUAGGGUGUGUUUUAGCAACUCAAAUAAACAUAUUUAUUUUCCAAACAAAUGUAUUUUAAAUAUAUGUUGAAUGUAUGUUGAAAUAAGCUGUGCUUUAUUUUCAAUAUUGGUGCUAAGGUUUGGGAUGAUGCAAUUUCAUAUUUAUUUAUGUAGGGUUAUCACCUACAUAAAUCACCAUACAUCUAGAUUUCCCCCUAAGAGUAGAGCUGCACACAUCAGCUUUCAAGGUUGAGCACAUUUGUUAUGGUUUUACUUCUACCUUGGUUUUAGACUGAGGUGGCAGUUGUGCUUUACAAGCUUGAAUAGUAAGGUGCCAUACUAUUUCUUCAUUUCACCUCUUUUCAAUUUCUUGAUCCACCUUCAAGUGAUGUUGCCAAAAAACUGAAUUAAUGCAAAUAAUAAUAAUAAUAAUAAUAAUAAUAAUAAUUUAUUUAUACCCCACCCAUCUGGCUGGGUUUCCCCAGCCACUCUGGAUGGCUUCCAACAAAAUAUUAAAAUACAUUAGUCCGUCAAACAUUAAAAGCUUCCCUAAACAGGGCUGCCUUCAGAUGUCUUCUAAAGGUCUGGUAGUUGUUUUUCUCUUGGACAUCUGGUGGGAGGGCGUUCCACAGGACGGGUCCCACUCCUGAUAAGGCCCUCUGCCUGGUUCCCUGUAACUUGGCUUCUUGCAGCGAGGGAACCGCUAGAAGGCCCUUGGCGCUGGACCUCAGUGUCUGGGCAGAACGAUGGGGUUGGAGAUGCUCCUUCAGGUAUACUGGACCGAGGCUGUUUAGGGCUUUAAAGGUCAGCACCAACACUUUGACUUGUGCUUGGAAAUGUAAUGUAAACAAUGAAUAUUUUUAAAUAGAAGAUUUAGAGAUAUUAAUAACUACCUAUUAGUUUGUAAAACUAAUGAUGUAACUAUUUUUUUUUUCAGUCUAUGUCGUCUUUUCGAUUUAGAAAAAGUAGCUCUUCCUCCGGUUCCCCUUCAAGACGCAGUGGUAGCAGAUCUAGAUCAGGCUCUAGAUCACGUUCACCUGGUCGGCCAGCAAAACACAGACGUCGUUCUUCCUCUCAAAGCAGAGAACCAAAAAAUGAAAAGAAUAUGAUUGGGGAACCUAAUUUGAUUCCUUUGGUAUUUGAGUUGAUUUAUUUUUAUGUCUAGUCCCUUUGUCAAGCUAUGUUCACAUACAGCUAAACCGAAAUAUAGAAAAUUUAUGGGCAAUAUAGUUUGACAGUAGCUGCACUUUUUGUAGUUUGGAAUCACAAAAACACAUAGCAACUGUACCUUGAACAAACCAGAUUUCAUGCACUAUUCAAUUUAUUCUUCCUUUGCAAAGAAAGUAGAAGGAAUUGAGUACUGUCAGAAUAAAGUUGGCACAGACAUAAAAAAGUCAAUUAUAUGGAGCACACCACAGGUUCCAUAUACUGAUUUUCCACUUCUCCACUGUUUCACAAAUUCCUCUUCUACUUAGAUUUGGAGACUGUUAAAACUAAACCAGGUACUUCCCAAAGUUAUUUGUUUUAGAAUUUUGUUCAAGGGUUCCAUAAAACCUGGUUCUCUUGUGUGUCUGUGCUACGCAUCAGAAAUUUAUAAAGGCAAUCUAUGAUUAGUUGUGGAAUGGAAGGUUUUCUUAAAAAUAUUUACUACAAUGAAAACACUCAUUUCUUUUUUUUUAAUCUAGAAACUAAAUGAAAACAACACCAACCAGUAUAAUGGGGAGCCAGAUAUCACAGAAGUGAAUUACUCAUCUCACAACACUCUAGAGGUAUGAAAUAAUGUUCAACAUACUCAAAUUUCCAUUGUUUCUGGAAACCUUCUGGUUAGAUGUUUAAAGUUAGCUGCUCUUCGAUCCUUGAGAUUACAAUAUCUGCAUUAAAUGUAUUGCUUGAUAAAAUGGAUAGAAUGUAGAAAAAGGAUCUUGAAUAUUUUAUAAAGAACGUUGACAUGAUAAAAUGGAUAGAAUGUAGAGAAAGGAUCUUGAAUAUGUUAUAAAGAGCAUUGACAAAGGGAUAGGUUGCUCUUAUCCUGCUAAGAAUGACUGUGUGCAUUGUGUUGUAAAUGUACUGAUGAAAAGGAAUUGUGGGGUUUUUUCGAGGAAGAGGCUGGACCUAGUUGGUAUGAGAAGGGAGUGUAUGGCGGUGUAGAUUAGCAGAGGUGGGAUCAAAGAAAUGAGGGGUUUUCAGGCAGUAUUACUUGAAUGCAGGGAUAUAUCCAGCAGGUGGUGCAAUAUGAUUGCAAAUGACUUCCUCUCCCUUCACUAUGGUCUUUAGCGCCAAAGAAUUGAAUCUGAGCGUGCCAGAGAGCGCAUCCUCGAACGCUACAAUUUGCAUUCAAGGAAGGAGGAGAAGAGAACAGAAGAAAUGUAUUCAGAAGAGAGAAUUUUUGAGAAACCCAAACCUGUUGUAAAAGUAUGCAUGAAGACAAAGGAACUAGAGUUUGGAGGAAAAAUUGGUAUGUUAGUCUUGGCGUACUGCAGCAUUCAUAUAGUUUUUUGCAAAUUCCCAAAUUCACUUUAGUGGAGGGAAGCAGCUCUGUAUGCACAUCCUUGUAUAUACAGAGCUGGCAUUUCCAUUAGAAGUCAGUUUGAGACCUCUCCUGGUAGUGGUUUCUUGAAUCCCAGCAUACUCAAUAAAUAGUUACAUAAUGACCGUGGUUUUCAUGAAUUUUAUUGCAUAAUCUUUUCUAGUAAUCAUGCUUUCUGUGCGACAUCAGCUACUAUGCUUACAUGUCAUCAGUAUCUGGGCAAGUGACUAGAAUUGGGACUACAGUGGAAGCUCGGUUGUCGAACGCUUCAGAAGUCGAACAUUUCUGCUUUUGAACACUGACAACCCAGAAGUGAAUGCUUCCACCUCAGAAGUUGAAUGGCUUCCGAGGCGUGUUUCUCCAUUUUUUCAAUGGAUUUUGCUGACUGCCCAAUGCACCUUGGUUGUUGAACGUUUCAGACGUCGAAUGGUCUUUUCCAGAACAGAUUACGUUUGACAACUGAGGUUCCACUGUAGUUCCUUCCUCUUGCAUCUCUGUGGCUACCUGCUGCUGGCCAAGAGCCUUUCGUACCUUAAAGUUUAGACAAUAUCAUUUCUGUGCAAUUGCUAGAAGUAUACAUGCAGUCUUUAAUUAUGCAACUCAUUUCAAAUUGUUCUCCAUUAGGCAAUGAAAGCAUUAUAUCUUAAAAUAGGUAACAGUUCUGGUAUGUGUGUGGGGGGGGUGAUCUUUGAGUUGCAAUAUUUUAACAACUGAGUAGUUUGACAACAGUUUUUCUGUUGUAGUAAUGCUUUACACUAUUUUAUUUUCUGUUUAACUUCUGAUUCUGUGUUUGUUUUGCAGGUGCCUUUUUAAUGAUUUUUCUCCUUCCUGCAACUGUAUUUUACUUGUUGUUGAUGUGUACUCAGAAAGACCCCAGUGUUCUGAAUUUUCCUCCCUCCCUCCCAGCUUUGGAAAGUUUAUGGGAGACAAGAGUGUUUGGUGUUUUUCUUCUUUGGUUCUUUCUCCAAGCUCUGUUUUACUUACUCCCAAUAGGAAAGGUAAAACUUUAACUAUAAAUUUGUAUACUGCGUUUACAAAAAUGCAUUCUUAUUUUGUGUGUGUCACAAUUUUUAAAAAUAUUAUGGCUGUCAUAAAGCAAAACCAAUGAAAAUGAUGAUUUGAGGGACUAUAUAUGAUGAGGAGAAUGAUCAUUGCAAUUUUCAGUGUUCCUACUACAUUCCUGCCAAACAGGAAUGUACACAAUUAUAUUUUACAUCAUAGAUUCUAUAUUAAACCAUUGGGAUGGCCUUCAGGAGAUCUGGGGCACUCAGCCCUGUUUCUCUGUUACGUUUGACUUAGGAAUUACCCAGGCAUGCUCUAGACACGUCUUGAUGGAGUGGUGAGCUGGAUUGUGACAAUCUCAAUCACUGUGGUUUGCAGAGGCAGCCUUAGGAACCAUGCCAUGGACUGUAGAUGUACAUCUUACAGUGAUGCUGAAAAGGGCUUUUUUACAUAGUGGUUUCUGCCUUGUACAUUGAUCUGCCUGUGAUGAUCAAGCAGAUUGAUCAUAGAAUGUUUAUGUUGACAAAUGAAAAUCUGUCUGCUUACCUGGGCAUUUUCCUGACAAUUAAUAAUGGCUUCUGGUCACUGUGAUCAAUAUUUUAAUUUGUUUUUUUCUGACCUGGUUUUCUUGUGAUACAUUGUUUUAUUGAUCUGUUAGUCCCCUUAGUAUUUCUUUUUUAAAUCAAAGGUGGUAUAUAAAUUAUUAGAAUGAAUACAAAUAUUUCUUCUAGAUAUCUUAUUUUUGUAGUUGCAUGAGUGUUGUAUUCUUCUAUGCCAACUUUGGGAUUUGUGGUUGCAUGGAAAGAGCCAUGGUUAAUCUAUUUUUUAUAGUUUUUAAACUACAGAUUAUUAUGCAGUCAGUUUUAUAUCAUGGGGAUUAUCAUGUAAUUGCAAGGUUUAGAAUUUCCCCUUCUCUUGGCUAAGUGGCUCUGUUAUUCUACAAAAUGUAGAAAGGCAACAGGUUCUUUAAAAAUGAUUGUUUCCAUAAUUUGCUUUACCACUCCUGAAUCUAGGUGGAAAAGACUUUUUCUUUAUCUUUUAAGAUUGUAGAAGGGACCCCACUUUUGAAUGGAAUGAGACUGGAAUACAGGAUAAAUGGUAAUUAGGUUUUAAAUUAAGCAUUACUUUUAAACUGGUAACCUAUAAUUAUUGAGAUUGCAAACAUGAGAAUAUAUGGUUCAGUUAUCAUGCCAAAUGAUGCUUUGGGUUUUCAGCUAUAUGGUUACAGCUGAUUUUCUGCUUUUAAUUUUCCACUUGCUUAGUACUUGUCUGUAGGUGUGGUAGCCUUCAGUAAUGGCCAUAACCAUAGUUUGUUUUAUACUUCUAGUGUAAUAUGUGUCUAAAUGGGCUAAAUUUUUAUUACACAUAUAUUGUUGUAGUCAUAAUACAAUUUGAAUUCUUGUCCUUAACUUACUUAGUCUGAGUUGCUGAUGAAUGAUAUCCUUCAGGAGAGGGACAGGGAAAUGUGACCAUGUUGAUUCUCCUGGAAUUCUCAGUGGCUCUUGAUACCAUUGAUCAUUAGAUUUGGAACAAAGUGUCACUGCUUUGCUGAUGACAUCCAGCUUUAUUUCAUUCAGAAAUAACGGAAUCAGGAGAGGCCAUGCAUGUCUUAAACCAUGCCUGGACUAGAUGUGGGCUGUAACUGAAUCCUGAAAAGACAGAGUCCACCAUGUGGAUGGGUGAUUCCCAGAUGUGCAAAUUUGGCUUUGUAUUGGCUCUGGAUGGGGUUGUGCUCCCUCUGAAGGAGCAAGUACAGUCGUACCUUGGUUUUCAAACAGCUUAGUUCUUGAACGCUCGAAUGCCACAAACUCGGAAGUGACUGUUCCGGUUUGCAAACUAUUUUUGGAAGCCGAACAUCCGACAGGGCUUCUGUGGCUUCCAAUUGGCUGCAGGAGGCACUUUGGUUUCCAAACGUUUUGGAAGUCGAACGAACUUCUGGAAUGGAUUCCAUUCAACUUCUAAGGUACGACUGUACAGAGUUUGGGGGUGCUUGCUAGAUCCAUCACAAGCGUUUGAAGAAAUUUUAUUGAAUGUUGCAUUGUUAUUUUUGUUGUAAGCAGCUUAAAGUUGUUUAUUAUAGUAAAUGGAUUAAUUUUUAUAUAAAUAAGUCCCUUUGGGUAGUUAAUUCCAAGGUAAAUGAAUACAGAAUUGUAGACUUAGGGUUUCACAUCGUGUAUAGAUAUUGCCAAAUUGGAAACCUUAAAUACAAAGAUUUCUGGCAUAAAAUUUUGUAUCAGAGCCCACUUUAUUAAGAUGAUUUAAUUAGGAAAAUGAUUUACAAUGUUUCUACGCAUUCACUUUCUUAAGUGUGUUUUUAGAAUAGUGGUUUUUUUUACUUGUGUCUCACAUAUCUCCUGUGGUUUUUUUCUCUCCUUCAAGGAUUCUAUGCUUUUAUCCUAACAGCUGCAGCUGUAGGAAUUUCUCUGUAUUUUGAAAUGGAGUUUUCCUAUAUAUAUGACCAUUUCCUACAAUUCGCUGUCUGUGCUACAGUUUUUUCUGUGGUGUUAAGCAUUUAUCUCUAUGCCCGUUCAUUAAGAGCACCUGAACAAGAAUUGUCACCUGGGGGGAAUUCUGGUAAGUGUUCAGUUGUGGAAACAUACCGUGCUUGAUUUAUUUUAUUUUAUUUUUCGUUCUUAUGCAUUUCUGUGUGUCAAAAGUACUGUCAUUACAAACUACAUUAACCCCAUUCCUCUGCUCCAUAGUCUCUGUCUCUGUCUUGGGGCUUUCAGUGAAACACUAAGAGGAAUCAAGCAUUUAACUUCUAAUGCUUUUUUGUCUGAUUUAAUCCGCUCAUGCUAUUUACAUAAUUACUAAUUUAAUUUGCAUGUACCUUGAUAAAAAGCAUUCUUAUUGGAUUGUGUGCUCCUGUAAAGUUGUAUUAAAUUAAACUUAUAACAUAGAAGAAUGUAUACCCACUUUUCUUUUCAGUGUAUUUUAAGAAUAUGGGGCAAGUUUGGCAUAACUAUGUCUUGUAAGAAGUUCUAGACAGAAAUCCUGUCUGACUAUCUUAAGUACCGUAUUUUUCGCCCUAUAGGACGCACUUUGCCCCCUCCAAAAAUGAAGGGGAAAUCUGGGUGCGUCCUAUGGGGUGAAUACAGGCUUUCGCUGAAGCUUGGAGAGCGAGAGGGGUUGGUGCGCACCGACCCCUCUCGCUCUCCAGGCUUCAGGAAGCUAUCAGCAAGCCUGGGGAGCCCGCGGGAGUUCCCGCAGGGCUCCCUAGGCCGCGGAUAGCAGCCUGCUGCACGGAGCGCGGGGCAUGCUGAAGCAGAGCGCCCCGCGCUUCGGGCAGACAUCGGCCAGCCCCACAAGCUCGGGGGACAGCGGGGAGACGGAGCGCAGCCAUACCGCUGUUCCCCGACCUGGUUUGGUUUCCCUGACCUGGUUUUGGGGAGGGAAUAAAGGGGAAAAAAUUUUCCUUUAUUUCCCUCCCAAAACCAGGUGCGUCCUAUGGGAUGAAAAAUACGGUACAUUAAUUGCAGUGGGACUACUUUAAGUGUGACUUGGAUAAAACCCAGUUACAGCCAAUAUUAUACUGUGGUCCAAUUUAUUUUUAUUUGUAGGGAAUAUAUUUUAUGACUUUUUUAUGGGACGUGAAUUAAAUCCUCGCAUCAGAAAUUUUGACCUGAAAUACUUCUGUGAGUUACGACCAGGGCUAAUUGGCUGGGUGAGUAAGUGUUUAAAUCUAUCUUUGCAUCAUCUUUGAUUUUACAAAUAAGACAACUAACUUCUUAAAAUGAAAAAUGUACUGCAGGAAAAGAUUGCAAAAUACUGGAAAUAUCAACAAUAUGAUGACACUAUAUUAUAUAUUACAAACAGCAGCAUUAUCACGGCAGCAUUAGUUGUACAAUGGUCACAGCUGCAAGUAUCUCUCAUUUUACAUAGCUAUUGUUUAAUUUAUAAGAGUUAAAAUACAAAUAUGGGAAGAUAAAUAGAAAGGUUAAAGGGAAUAGAGCACAACUAGGUUAAACUCUGCUUAUACAUGAGUAAAAUACUUCUUGUGAGCAGGAGAAAAAUGCUUUGAAAUGAAAUUAACAUUGAAACUUGUGUUACUUUUUCACCAGAGUUGUAAGAAAAAAGUUGAUUUUAAUGUGCAACUUAAUUUUUUUAAGGUUGUUAUUAACUUGGCAAUGCUGUUGACUGAGAUGAAAGUGCAACAUCUGAAUAUGCCAUCUUUGUCCAUGAUACUGGUUAAUAGUUUCCAGCUCCUUUAUGUGGUGGAUGCACUUUGGAAUGAGGUAAUGUUUAUGGCUAUUUGGUAGGAUAUAUUUUUUGCCUCCUUUUGAAGUUUUUUUUUUUUAAUGUGUUGUACUUCUGCAAACCGUGUGUUUCCUCUAAUCCUGCUAGUGCCUCCCUUAUGUUUCUCAGUAUCCCCAUUUUGGUUGUGGAGAAAACCAUCUCUUAUUUUUAUAUGAUAACAAGCAUAUGAUUGGCUCAUCAUCACAACAAUUGGCUGAAAAACAUUGUGGGCUAGGCUGUUCAUGAAACGUAUGAGGAAAUUGUUGUAUAACUUGUUCCCCUCUGUCAAGUGAAAGGGGUUGCAUCUUUCUGUAGACUGCAUAUAGGUGGGCUUCUGGGGUCUUCCCUAUGGAUGCCAAAAACCAGACACCUUUCCCAACACCUGGAGCAACCUUCAGUGGCAGGGAAGACUGCUGUGGGCAUUGGGGAAGGCAUUUGGCUAUAUCUUGUGUGCUACCUGGUCUGCCGUCUCAGAAGAGAUGCCAGAUCUAGCUCUAGCAGUCUUGCUCUAAGGGUUGACCACAGAAUGAACCAGGCACCAUGUCUGCCUGCUGGCUCUUCUUUCUCUGACAGAAUAAGGGCAUCAAGGAUACAGCCCGCAAAGUGAUUUCAGUUUUGGAACAGGGGGCAUCUUGUACAUUCUGUGGUGGCAAUCUGCAAGAUUGGCUAACUUUCUUAGCCAAAGCGGUGAAGCACAAAAUAGGUAGCUGUGCAUUGGGGCAGGUUGUUUUGGGUGUGUGAGUAUGAAUGAGAUAAUGGAUGGAUGAAUGGGGUAAGAGUUUUUGUGUGAAUGGGUGUGAUGUUUAUGUGUGAGAGAAGGGAAGCAGAGUGGGAAACUAGUACUAGUUUCUCCUGUUUUAGCUCUCGUCUGCCUAUGUAGAUAGCUGAAUUGUAAAAGGCAUUGAGAGCUCAUUGCUGAAAAACAUUUGCUGAUUUUUAGAAAAGUGUAAAUUCAGUUUAUGUGUGCUUUGCUGCAUAUUCCACAUGUACACAACCCUAACAAUAUAGUGAAAAUAUUUUGGCCAUUAACAAAAAUUCAGAUCAGUACUCAUUUAAUUCUUUUAACUUUUUAGGAAGCUAUUCUGACAACAAUGGACAUCAUCCAUGAUGGUUUUGGGUUCAUGCUAGCAUUUGGAGACUUGGUGUGGGUUCCGUUUCUCUACAGCUUGCAAGCCUUCUAUUUAGUGAAACAUCCAAAUGAACUUUCUUGGUUAUCAGCUUCUGCAAUUGUAGCCUUGAAUAGUAAGUGGCAAUUAAAAUGAAAUACUGCUUUACUUAAAAGCAUUCUGGAUGCUUUAUGGGAAUGCUUAAUAUAUUGAUUUAUUUUCAGGAUUUAUUCAAAUAUUUUCAAUCACAGAGUAAGAAAAAUAAGCAGAAAAAAUACAAAAAUUACAAAAUCAUAUAGGUAAAGGUACCCCUGCCCGUACGGGCCAGUCGUGACCGACUCUGGGGUUGCGUGCUCAUCUCGCUUAAGAGGCCGGGAGCCAGCGCUGUCCGAAGACACUUCCGGGUCACGUGGCCAGCGUGACGAAGCUGCUCUGGCGAGCCAGCACCAGUGCAGCGCACGGAAACGCCGUUUACCUUCCCGCUAUAAAGCGGUACCUAUUUAUCUGCUUGCACUUAGGGGUACUUUCGAACUGCUAGGUGGGCAGGAGCUGGGACCGAACGACGGGAGCUCACCCCGCCGCGGGGAUUCGAACCGCCGACCAUAUGAUCGGCAAGUCCUAGGCACUGAGGUUUAACCCACAGCGCCACCCGCGUCCCUACAAAAUCAUAUACUCAGGCCCAAUAAGCAACAAGUUAAGAAUUCUGUCAUAUUUUUUGUAAACAAGCAAAGCUACAGCGACAAAUUAAAAUAUCCAAUUUAACCAAAUACCUAACUAAAAAUCAAACACAAAUCAUUUAUACAGGUUAAACAACCAAUGAUCUUAGCAAUGGUUCCCACAUUGUUUUUCACUUAAGUCACCCACUCACACAAAGAGGGUCCCACUCUGUGCCAACGGACUCUCACCCUGUAGCUUUUGACUAAGUUAACCCCUUUCACCCCCACUCUCCAACCCAUUCAGACUCUCACCCUGAGUGGUAUGAAUUGUUGCUCACAAGCAUCCACAUCAAAAACCUCCCACCCCUUGUCCCAGAGAAGUAACAAAGAAAAAAAGAAAAGAAGGGGCGACUUCCGGAGGCGGCGCCAGCGGUCGAUGGCGGAUUCCCUCGGUUAGAGGGAAUAAGCGCCACGAAAAUAGGGUCGAAUCCCGCUUCGGCGCAGCGGGGGCCCCCGCAAAAGCACAGGCGGGGAAGCCUGUGAACCUGGGACCCAGCGGGCACAUUUGGUGUUCCCCCCCAACCCGGCAAAAAGCCCAGAAACGGGCUUGAAAUCGGAGCGGGGGAGAGCGCUGUGCUGUGGGCUGUCUGCUCGUUCGUGGUGUGAAGCCGCAAGCUGUCGACCGGAGAGCGCUGCCUUUCUUUCUUAAAAUCCGGACUUGGAAACCAACGAUCCGUGAGUAGGAUAUACUCAAAUUGGAACUGUACAAAUUGGAACUGAAAUUAGGCUGAAAACGGAAGGAGGUUUAAAAGGAAGUCAGCCUCCUUCUAUUGUAGAUAGACUUAAAGCAUUGAACUUGAAAACGGAAGCUUUUGGAAAGUACGUUUUAGCGGACUUUAAUCCAAUCAUCGAACCUGGACUUUUCCCUCUAUAAGUUGAGGGAAAAUAGGGGGAGAUCUCUGGAGGUGAUUUCUUUAUAAAGAGUGGAAAAGAAGAGAUUAAACCAUCACUCAAUUUCCUGGGAAAGGAUUCUCCAGAUCCUAGGGAAAAAAAGAGGUACUGUCUUGUAAUAUAUUUUGACAGCUAGUCCUGCAUUGGAUAAAAAGUUUGGAUAAGAUCUUGUGAAUAUACAUCUCCUGGUCCUAAGUUGAAAACUGUGAUAGACUGUUUUCCUGUUGAACAAACUAGGGGGACUUAAAAAGGAAAUUAAAAUAUCCAAGAACUUUUAGGACUGUUACAGUGUCCCCUAGUGGAACUUGGAACUGUUGCAACUUAUUACAACUGUAACUGUAGCAGGCUUGAGGAGUUCUCACACUGCUUGGGAGGAAAUUUCCACUGUACAAUUCUAACUACGUGUCUGACCUUGAGAAUUAUCUAAGGAAUGGCAGAUAAAGAGAAGACGGAUGCUUCGACUACAAGAUCGGGGAGGAAUAUUCGCACAGAAGAAGGAUUACAAAGGAGAGCUUCGGCCUCAGGCCCUUCUGGAACCUCAACAACAGCCUCAUCGGCACAAUCAAAGGUAAAAAGCUCGACAAGUGAAGAAGCCUUUGCUCAAGUUUUGGCCAAAGUUAAUGAAUCUUUGAGUAAAAUAAGUCAACAAGUAGCAGAGGCUUGUGAGAAGAUUGAUCAAAAUACAAUAAGUAUUAACCAAAAUACAGCAAGUAUAAAUAAUUUGGGCCAAAAAGUAAAUACCAACACUGAGACUAUUCAGAAAUUAUUAGAGGAAUCGGCCUCAAUUCGCCAGAUUGCUGAAGAGGCUAAAGAAAUUGCUACAACUUCUGCUACGGAUGUUAAGGAGGUUCAAGAGGAAUUACCAACAUUGCAUAAACAAUUGGAAGACCAUAAACUAACUCUGUCUAUGAUAGAUUUGAGGGAGAAGCAAGUGAAUCUUCGGGUCAGAUCAGUACCAGAGGUGGAAAAGGACAAUUUAGCUGAAUUUCUCACGCAGGAAUUUUUGGACUUUUGGGACCCAGAACUGGCAAAAGACAGUUUCACAAUAGUAAAUGCAUUUAGACUUGGGAGAAGAGGAGAGAAGAAGGUGAGAGACUGUCUGAUUACUUUUAGAACAAAAGAAGAGAGGGAUAAGAUUUUGGGCUUACACUUCAGGAAAACAUUGGAAAUCCAUCAGAAAAGGGUGGAAAUAUUCAAAGACAUUCCGAAAUAUCUUCUGGAUCUCAGAUCAAAAUACAAAGAUCUGGUUAUCCUGCUGAGAAGGAACAACAUCAAUUUCAGGUGGGAACUCCCUCCAGGCCUGUCUUUUAGCUACAAGGGAAAGAAGAGGAAAAUAAGAUCGGAAGACGAUAAAGAUAAAUUUUACAGGGACCACGGAGAAGACUUACAAAAAGAACUAUUUCCGGAACCAAAAGAUCGUUCGAAAGAAGGGAUACCACCGACGGACGAGGAACAGGCACUAGGUGCAGUAGGAGGAGAAUCAAAACAAUAACAUCAUGGCCCUGCAACUUUUAACAUGGAACUGCCGGGGUUUGAAUUCCCCUCAGAAGAGGAAGUCAGUAUUUCAUAUAUUAAAAAAGGAACAAUUAGAUUUAAUUUGUUUACAAGAAACACAUAUAACGAGAUUACACAGGAAAUUGUUAAUAAACAAAAGACUUGGUCAGGAAUUUAUUUCGUCAGAUAAAGUUAAAAAGAGAGGAGUUGUGAUCUACGCAAAAGACAAUUUAUCACCAAAAUUUGUUUUCAAGGAUGACCAAGGAAGAUUUGUGGCAAUUGAAAUUCAAACACAAGGAGAAAAAUUUUUGAUCGUAGGAGUUUAUGCACCAAAUGAUGGGAAAUCCGAUUUUUUAAAGAAGUUGCAUGAGACCUUGAUGGACCAUAUGGAUCACAACAUAAUUUUGAUGGGAGAUAUGAAUGGAGUGGUAUCUACUUACAUGGACAAGGCACAAAAACAGGUAGUCACCAAAGAUGGUAGACUACCGAGAACCUUUUUUGAUAUGACAGACAACUUGGAUUUAGUGGAUAUUUGGAGAAUUAGAAACCCCUUGGCAAAAGAAGGAACUUUCUUUUCUGAAGCCAAAAUGACUUGGACAAGAAUUGACCAAAUCUGGAUAACUAGAGGAAUGGCACCAAAAACAAAAAAGGUGGAAAUCUGCCCGAAAAUUUGCUCCGACCAUAAUGCUGUUAAGAUGGAAAUGAGACUAAUGCCAACUGGCUCCUUCAGAUGGAAGAUGAAUGACACCUUAUUUAGAGAUGAAGAAUUUCUUAAGAAGGCCCAAAAAACUUUAAGAGACUACUUUGAGAUAAAUCUUAGUUCCAACGUGGAGAAAAGAGUAAUCUGGGAUGCAAGUAAAGCUGUUAUGAGAGGGUUCUUAAUACAACAGAAUGCGAUAAAGAAAAGAACUCAAAAUGAGAAGAAGGAUAAAAUUAUGAACAAAAUGAAUGAAUGUGAAAAAAGAUUGCGAGUAAAUCCCAAAUCUCAAGAGACUCUGAGAGAGUUAAAGUUAUAUCAAGUACAAUAUAUGAAAAUAAUGAAUCAGGAAAUAGAAUGGAAAAUUAAACAAAUGAGACAAAAGACUUUUGAAUCGGCCAAUAAAUGUGGUAAACUGUUGGCAUGGCAAAUGAAAAAGAGACAAAAAUUAAAUACGAUUACGAAUUUAGAAGUGGAUGGAAGGAAUAUACAGAACCCUGCAGAGAUUAGAAGUUGUUUCCAGAAGUAUUUUAAAAGACUAUACACUCAAGGGCCCGUGAAAGAAACAGACUUAGAUCAAUUUUUGAAAACAAAUGGAUUACAAAAAUAUCUCAAGAAAAGAGACUAAUUUUGAAUGACAGAAUAACGGAACAGGAAAUAGAAGGUGCCAUUCAAAAUAUGCAACUGGGUAAAUCUCCAGGCCCAGACGGCUUGACCUCUAGAUACUACAGAUCCUUAAAAGAUUGGUUAAUUCAACCAUUGAAAGAGGUCUGCAACGAAAUAAUGGAGGGGAGGAGGGCACCAGAGUCGUGGAAAGAAGCAUAUAUUACACUUGUACCAAAAACAGAGGCUGAAAAGACACAACUAAAGAACUACCGCCCAAUAUCAUUACUUAAUGUGGAUUACAAAAUUUUUGCAGAUAUUUUGGCGAAGAGAUUUAAAAAGUGCUGUUGGAAGAGAUUCAUAAAGACCAAGCGGGCUUUCUCCCAGGAAGACACUUGUCUGAUAAUCUGAGGAAUAUAAUUGAUAUUUUGGAAAAAUUAGAAGUGAAUAUAAACACUAAAGCAGUGUUGAUAUUUGUAGACGCGGAGAAAGCCUUUGACAAUAUUUCUUGGAAUUUUAUGAAGAAGAAUCUUCAGGGUAUGGGGGUAGGCCAAGGUUUUGAGAAUGGUAUAAGUGCAAUUUAUUCAGAACAAAAGGCUAAAUUAAUUGUAAAUAACGUUGUGACGGAAGAACUUAAAAUUGAAAAAGGGACACGACAAGGUUGCCCAAUUUCCCCUCUUCUUUUAUUUCGGUCCUGGAGGUGUUGCUGAACAUGAUUAGAAGGGACCAGUUGGUUAAAGGUAUACAGGUCGGAACUAAACACUAUAAAUUGAGAGCAUUUGCAGAUGACUUAGUAUUGACGUUACAGGAGCCAGAAUCUAGUACAAAAAGGGUUUUAGAACUGAUUCAAGAAUUUGGUCAAGUGGCAGGAUUUAAAUUGAACAAAUCAAAAACCAAGGUUUAGAGAAAAAUUAACACCGUUUGAAAGAGAGAGGUUUCAGAAUGAGACAGGGUUAACAGUGGUUAAGAAAGUUAAAUACCUGGGGAUUAACAUGACAGCAAAAAAUGGGAAUUUAUUUAAAGAUAAUUAUGAAAAAUGUUGGUCAGAAGUGAAAAGAUUUAGAAAUUUGGUCAAACUUGAAGCUUUCACUGCUAGGCCGUAUUGCUGCGAUAAAAAUGAAUGUAUUGCCUAGAAUGUUGUUUUUGUUUCAAACUUUGCAGAUUGUGGACAAAAUGGACUGUUUCAAGAGGUGGCAGAAAGAUAUUUCUAAAUUUGUCUGGCAGGGCAAGAAACCUAGAAUAAAAUUUAAAAUACUAACAGAUGCAAAGGAAAGAGGUGGAUUUGCCCUGCCAGACCUCAAACUUUAUUAUGAAUCAGCAGCUUUUUGCUGGUUGAAAGAAUGGCUACUUCUUGAAAACACUGACAUUUUGGAUUUGGAAGGUUUCAAUAAUGUAUUUGGAUGGCAUGCAUAUUUAUGGUAUGAUAAGGUCAAAGCACACAAAGCAUUUAAAAACCACAUUGUCAGGAAAGCGCUAUUUAAUGUUUGGAUAAGAUAUAAGGAUUUGCUAGAAAAUAAAACCCCAAGGUGGCUGUCACCAAUGGAAGCGAAAGCCUUGAAAAGGGUCAAUAUGGAGGUCAAAUGGCCGAAAUAUUGGGAAAUUUUGGAACAAGACGGAGAUAGACUGAAAUUGCAGAGUUUUGAAAAACUAAAAAACAAAGUGCGAGACUGGCUUCAUUAUUAUCAAAUAAUGGAGGCAUUUAAAUUAGACAGGAAAAUUGGCUUCCAGGUGGAAAAAUCAAAAUUAGAAACAGAAUUGUUAGAACCCAAUACUAAGAAUCUGUCAAGAAUGUAUAACUUGCUGCUGAAAUGGAAUACUCAAGAUGAAACGGUAAAAUCGGCUAUGAUUAAAUGGGCACAGGACGUAGGACAUAACAUUAUGUUUGCUGACUGGGAACAGUUAUGGACCACUGGUAUGAAAUUUACGGCAUGUAAUGCCUUAAGAGAGAAUAUUAUGAAAAUGAUAUACAGGUGGUACAUAACCCCAGUCAAGCUUGCGAAAAUCUAUCACUUGCCCGAUAACAAAUGUUGGAAAUGUAAAGAAACUGAAGGUACAUUUUUUCACCUUUGGUGGACGUGCCCAAAGAUUAAGGCUUUCUGGGAAAUGAUAUAUAAUGAAUUAAAAAGGUAUUUAAGUAUACCUUCCCCAAGAAACCAGAGGCCUUUCUCCUGGGCAUAGUGGGCCAAAUGGUGUUAAAAAGGAUAGAACUUUCUUUAUGUAUGCAACAACAGCAGCAAGAAUACUCAUCGCAAAGUAUUGGAAGACACAAGAACUUCCCACGCUGGAGGAAUGGCAGAUGAAACUUAUGGACUAUAUGGAAUUGGCGGAAAUGACUGGCAGAAUCCGUGACCAGGGAGAAGAGUCGAUGGAGGAAGACUGGAAGAAAUUCAAAGACUAUCUUCAGAAACACUGCAAAAUUAAGGAAUGUUAGAGUGAUGUUGGAUUGAAAAUAAGUGGUUUCCAGCUGUACAGGUUAAAGUUAAGGAUAGAUUAAGAUUAAAGAUCAAGAUUAAAGAUGUUUAAAGAAAUGGAAAUUUGAUAAUAAAAGGGAAAAAUUUAAAGGUAUAUGACAUUAAGAACAAGGAUUAUGUUUAAAAAAGUUGAAGCUAUAUAUUUUAAUAUUUUAUUAAAUUAAAGAUUGGGUUUAAAAAAGUGGAAAAGAAACUGCUGGACAAAUAAUGUAGAUUGGAAUACAAAAGAGGGAGGUAUGAGGAAGUCCAGAAAAUAAGUAAUUUAAAAUUGGGAAUGGAAAAGAGAGUUUGUUUUUAAUUGUUAUGUUUUGUGUUUCUAUUGUUAAAUUUUGUAUUUUUUUUUGUGUGUGUUGUUUUUUCUUUUUUCUUUGUUUAAAACUUUAAUAAAAAUUAUUUAAAAAAAAGAAAAGAAAAGAAAAGAAAAGAAGGAGGUGCAGCAAGUUACAGCUGGUUUUUCUCUUGUGGGCCUCAAAGUUCGCAAGGCUCCUAGGUAGAGACACACAGGUAGAUUUACUGGCCUCCCAUCUCUCUUAUCAGCCAGCACAAUUAACCUUCAGGUCUCCUGAAGGAAUAAUAUUUCAUGGUCAGUUGAGAAAGCCCUUUCCUGACCCAAACUGAUGUCAACAAUUCAGUUAGUAAAUCAAGUAAUUUUUAGAGAGGGUGUUUGCCAUCAGACCCUUUGAGUGUCAUUGUUCAAUAGCAUUUCUUCAAGGUAGAGUAGCUAUAAAAACUACAAAUAAUUCUCUAUCUCUAUUUAAUGUUGUAUAGCAGUGGCUUUCAACGUGUGCUGUGGCACCAUGGGGUGCCUUGAAUGAUGGUCAGGCGUACCAUGGGCAACCUUCUUUGAUGCCCUCUUGUGUCUGCCUCCCAAAGCCUUGUGCAGCUGUUUCUUGCAGGCAAAAGGUCCUCGGGCUGGCCAGGAGUUCUCCAGAACUGAGGCAGCCUCAGAGUAAGCAAGUAAAUUUGUACAGUGGUGCCCCGCAAGACGAAUGCCUCGCAAGACGGAAAACCCGCUAGACGAAAGGGUUUUCCGUUUUGGAGGUGCUUCGCAAAACGAAUUUCCUAUGGGCUUGCUUCGCAAGACGAAAAUGUCUUGCGAGUUCCUGCGGGGUUUUUUUCCUUUUCCCUCCCUUUUUCCCAAGCUGCUAAGCCGCUUAUCAGCUGAUCCGCUAAGCCGCUUAACAGCUGAUCCGUUAAGCCACUAAGCCGCUUAUCAGCUGAUCCGUUAAGCCACUAAGCCGCUUAUCAGCUGAUCCACUAAGCCGCUAAUAGCGCUAAUCCCCUAAACCGUUAAUGGGCUUGCUUCGCAAGACGAAAAAACCGCAAGACGAAGAGACUCGCGGAACAGAUUCUUUUCGUCUUGCGAGGCACCACUGUAAUAUCCACAUCAAUUGUACUCAUGAUUAGAAAACUGGACAAUAAAUAGAUGCCUAAGAACAUUGCUCUUGUCAUUGUUAUUAAUGUAAAAUUGGAAAGACGAUGGACUGUGUGCUGUUGGCAAGUUCUGCAAGGAAAUAAUAGUUGCUUAUUCUUUCUUUUCUGAAGUUCUUGGCUAUUACAUUUUUCGUGGUGCAAAUUCACAGAAAAACAUAUUUCGAAGAAAUCCAAAGGACCCAAAGGUCGCUCGUAAGUACUGCUUAGGCAAAUUGGUUUUCUAUCAGUGCUUUCUAUAUAUUAAUAUUACACAGUGUGUUCUCGUCUGCAUAGUACAAAUAAUAUCUAUUUGUAUAUCACCAUACAGACUUGAAAGUUAUUCCCACAGCAACUGGAAAAAACCUCCUGGUCUCUGGCUGGUGGGGCUUGGUGCGCCAUCCAAACUACCUUGGAGAUAUCAUCAUGGCUCUGGCUUGGUCUUUACCGUGUGGUAAGUGUCUUCUAGUGAAAUCUUGCAUUUUUUUCAUGGGUGGCAGGCCACCAUGUGGGUGAUACUUCACCACCUGUUGUCCAAGGCAGAAAACAAGAGUUGACUUCAAGGCUGCUUCCUGCCCUCACUUAAACCAUUCAUUCAGGGUGGAGCUAUUCAGCUUGGACAUUGGCCUUGUGAUUUUGUCUCUGUGAGAGUGUGUGCAAUCCCAUUGUUUAAUUUGUGUUUUUGCCUCUGACCUCUAUUGUUGUCAUUAACUAAGAUAUUAGACUUCUUAAUACCUCAUAAUGUUUAGGGGAGAAAUUCAUUUUUACAGAUCAUGGGAUCAAAAUGGGUGAGGAAUCUGGCCCUCCAUAUAUUGCUGAACUACAACUUUCAUCAUCCUUGACUAUACAUCAUGCUUUUUGCGACUGAUGGGAGUCCAAUAGCAUGUGGAUAAAUACAUGUUCCCCACCCCUGAUCUAAUUGAAAAUUGCCGUAAGAUGACAGCUAGGAGGGAUAAUACACCAUAAGUAUAUUGUUCUGUUUAUCUUUUUGACAGUAAGUCCCCCCCCCCCCUUAUCAGCAUAGAAAACAGAGAAAAUAAAUUAUGGCUUGCACUCACAAAUAUAAUGUUCAAGCUUGAAAUCUAAUCAAGAAUAUUAAAACCCAGUCAUUAAUUAUUUAUGUUAAAGUGAUGAACAAAAAAACCCUUAUUUACCUUUCCAGAUGAAGAGUGGAAAAAAUAACUGUUUAUGUGUUCUUACAGGGAUCAACCACAUCUUACCAUAUUUCUAUGUCAUAUACUUUACUGGUUUGCUUAUUCAUCGAGAAGCCCGUGAUGAACGUCAGUGUAAGAAAAAAUAUGGCUUAGCAUGGGAAAAAUACUGUCAACGUGUACCGUAUCGCAUAUUUCCAUAUAUCUACUGAGUGUCUUCAAACUGGUGGAUAAUGCACAGCUUCUGCAGUCAAAUCUUCAUUGCAAUAAACCACAUACCUCAUACCAUUGCACUUGGUAUACGUUAAUUCUGCUAGAUUUUCUUAAAAAUUGUGAUCAGAUAGUAAAGCUACAGAUACCUUUACCAAUAAACUACUAAAAAUAGUCUUUUCCAUAUAUUUUUAGCCAUCUCCCCAUUUCAAAUUACACACUUCAGUUAAGCAAUAAAUUAGUUGUAUAGCACAUUAAAAGCCUGUCAAGCAAUGUAUAUGCUGGAUAAUGUUAAUUAUCUGUUCCGGACAUAGGAAAAACCAUUUUAGGGUUUAAUGCUGAAGAUUUGCUUGUUUUGUGUAACUUUUGUAUUUUUCAUUCUUUGGGCUACCUUCAGAGCCCUUGGCCAAAAUGCACCAGAAAAUAGUAAACAUUACAAAGUCCAAUGAAGAGCAACUUCCGAUGCUACAGCUUUCUAAUCAUAGUAGUUCUCACUCAGGUCUGUCUCUUAUAACUGGUUCUCUCAGGCUGAAUCCCUAGUGGCUGUUGCAGAAGCAGGAAUUGCUUCUGGGGAAGCAAAUACACAGGGGGUUGCUUCUCUACCCCUUCCCUCUAGAGAACAAAAUCCCAUUUUAAGUCUGAGCGAUGGUUGUCAUAUGCCUCUUGAAGUUUUUACAUAAUAGUAUUCCUUAUACUAUGUGCUCUAAAAAGUACGUUGAUUUAAGAGAAUAUUUUAAAAUCCCUUACAGCUCAUUCUUUGAGAGUGUCAGACCUCAAGAAGUGCAAGUGACAAAAAACAAUGAUACAGGGUGUGGCAUGUUGUACAGACUGUGAAAAAAUAGGCAGUUUUUUCAGCUAUUAUAAACCAUUGCUUUGUACUAUAGCUUUUCUUUAUAUUGUAACAUUGAAAGAUUUUGUUGUACAGUGUUUUGAGUAUAAGAUGCAAAUCUUUUUUUUACUAAAACCAUUUCCAGUAUUUUUGAAAAGUUUUAUAAAGUAUUGCUAUGAAAUUGAGUUGAACAAUUGAAGUGCUCAUUUAAAUAUUGCAAUGAGAAAUGUGUUAUGGAAGUAUAUGAAAUUUAUUCAAAGUUUUGUGAAUUGGCAUUGCUACCUCAAAUGUAGGUUAUUUUGCCUUUUUAUACUGUUGAAAGUAGGAAAAAUGCUAAUUUUUCAAAUUGCUAUUUAAAGCAGCUUUUUAACAUGAUUAAAGUCAACCACUUUAAUUGAACUUUUUAACAAAUGUAUUUUUGUAUAUUUGAGUUUUCAUAGCAACUCAUGCUAUGUGGUUUUAUGCUGUUUGUAGCAGAACAUCUAUAAAUUUUUAUUGAAUAGUUUUUUACUGAAUUGGCUAUAAGGUGGAAUUAUUUACCUAAAUGGAAGGAAUAAUUGCCAUUUUAAUAUAUUAAAUUAGAAAGCCGGUCUGUUGAAAUUUUUACAGCUGAUAAAAAUUACCCAUUUAAUAAUAGCAAACUACCCAUUUUUAAUUUGACUAUAUUUUGCAUUUAUGAAUUUGUAGCAUAGUUCUUGAUAACAAUUGUUUUCAGUUUAAUAUAGUUAAAAUGCAUGAUUGUGGAUCACUGUAGGGCUUACUUAACGAAUGCCCAUAUCCCUGUCUAACCAGUCCCCUUUGGAACAUGAAUAGCCUUGAGUGAUGGGGAUAACAGCACUCUUAUGCCCUAUGGGGAUCCAUAUUGUACUCUGUAUAUUUGUAUGAGCCGUUUUAGUUACUGCUGUACAAGAUUGUAAAUUGAAUGUGUGUUGUGUGGCAGAAAUGAUCAUGACAACUUUCUUUAGCCUGCAUAACAUCUGUUUAGAGCAGAAAAAAUCCUUAUAAACAUUGAGUGCUUCAAAAUAUCUAUUGUAAUUUGUUAUGCAAAGAAAAUUGUAGAAAUACCACUAUUUUUGGAUAAUUCUAAAAUAUCUUCUAAAGGAAAAUGAGUAAUCUUUUUAUAUGAGCAUGUUCUCCCAGGAGUGUGGUUCCUGACUAAUAUAAACUGCAACGUGUCAUGUUUGUUACACCUUUUUACAUCUAAAAUGUACUCCUUAGAUUGAACUUCAUAAAAAGUAACUUGCAUAAUUAAAAUUUAAUCUAGAAAUGA